CACAGCUCUCCAGAGCUCUCCUCUCCCUCUUUAUCUCUCUCUCUCUCUCUCUCUAGGGUUUCCGUCUUCUUCUUCUUCUUCUUCUUCUUCUUCGUCGUUUCGUGCUUUGAAUUGAUCCAGAAUCUACAAUGCGGCUCUUCCUGUCCCCUUCCACGGCGGGUCUCUCCGUCUUCCUCUGCAUUCUCAUCCUCUCUCUGCCUCCGCCGUCGCAGCAGGAUCUCUCCGCCGACAGAGCCGCCCUUCUCUCUCUCCGCUCCGCCGUCGGCGGUCGCACAUUUCUCUGGAACACCUCACAGCUCACUCCAUGCAACUGGGCCGGCGUCAAAUGCGAAGCCAACCGCGUUACCGUCCUCCGUCUUCCCGGCGUCGCCCUCGCCGGACGGAUUCCUGAGGGCAUUUUCGGUAAUUUGACUCAGCUCCGCACUCUCAGCCUCCGCCUCAACUCCCUGGUCGGUUCCCUCCCCUCGGAUCUCGGUCGCUGCUCCGACCUCCGUCACCUCUAUCUUCAGGGGAACGGGUUCUCCGGCGAUAUUCCCUCGCUCCUGUUUGGCCUCAGGAACCUCGUCAGGCUAAAUCUUGCUGGAAACAAUUUCACUGGCGAGAUCUCUCCCGGGUUCAACAACCUCACGAGGCUGAAGACUCUGUACCUAGAGAACAACCAGUUCUCCGGUUCGCUCCCAGAUUUGGAUUUGCCGCUCGAUCAGUUCAAUGUUUCCAAUAACUUGUUGAAUGGAUCCGUACCGAAGAAUCUGCAGAAAUUCGAGUCGGACUCGUUCCUGGGCACUUCCCUCUGCGGCAAACCGCUCGACAUCUGUCCAGAAGAAGGAACUGUGCCCAGUCAACCCACAGCCAGUGGAAAACCCGGGUCCGUCAAGGAAAACGUAAAGAAGGGAAAGAAGAAGCUAUCCGCCGGCGCCAUAGCUGGAAUCGUCAUCGGGUGCGUGGUGGGUUUCGCUCUGCUAGUGUUGAUAUUGAUGGUUGUCUGCCGGAAAAAGGGCAACGAGAGGUCGAGGGCCGUCGGCAUUGCCGCCAUCAAGCAUGAAGAGGUUGAAAUUCCCGGUGACAAAUCGGCCAGGGAGGCUGCUGAAAACGGAAACUAUGGAAAUGGGUACACGGUGGCAGCUGCUGCGGCAGCGGCCAUGACGGGAAAUGCGAAAGGCGGGGAGGUAAACGGUUCGGGGGUGAAGAAGCUGGUGUUCUUCGGGAACGCGACGAGGGUUUUCGAUCUGGAGGACCUGUUGAGGGCGUCGGCGGAGGUCCUGGGGAAGGGGACGUUCGGGACAGCGUACAAGGCGGUGCUGGACGCAGCGACGGUGGUGGCGGUGAAGAGGCUGAAGGACGUGACAAUGGCGGAGAGGGAGUUCAGGGAGAAGAUUGAGGUAGUGGGCGCUAUGGAUCAUGAGAACUUGGUGCCGCUGAGGGCUUACUAUUACAGCAGAGACGAGAAGCUGCUUGUCCAUGACUUCAUGCCUAUGGGAAGCUUGUCUGCUCUCAUACAUGGGAACAGAGGCGGCCCUGGCCGGACUCCACUGAACUGGGAAAUCAGAGCAAGAAUUGCAAUGGGGGCAGCGAACGGAUUGAACUACCUUCACUCGCAAGGCACCUCGAGCUCUCACGGAAACUUCAAGUCCUCCAACAUCCUCCUUACCAAAUCCAAGGAGGCCCGUGUAUCCGAUUUCGGUCUGGCCCAGCUGGUGGGCCCCUCCCCAACUCCGAACCGGGGGACAGGGUACCGUGCGCCGGAAGUAACCGAAGGGAGGAGAGUGUCACAGAAGGCUGACGUGUACAGCUUCGGGAUGGUGAUGCUGGAGCUGCUGACGGGGAAGCCGCCGGUGAAUUCGGUGAUGAACGAGGAAGGAGUCGAUCUGAGGAGGUGGGUGGAGUCGAUGGACAGAGGGGAGUGGAGGAGCGAGGUGUUGGACUCGGAGCUGCUGAGGAACGAGAGGGAGGCAGCGGAGAUGGAGGAGAUGCUGCAGCUGGGGAUAGAGUGUACGGAACAGCAUCCGGACAAGAGGCCGACAAUGGAGGAUGUGGUUAGGAGGAUCCAAUGCUUGCUUCCUGCUAUUGCGGAGACCCAUGAGUGAUUUUAAAUGUAUAUCUAAUGAUAGCCUUUCAAGUUUCAUGGUCUGAUUUCUGUCUCUAAUUCUUGAAAUCCGCCUUAAAUUAUAUAAAAGAAAAAAAAAAUGAUUUUUGACCCAUUGGAGAGGGUUUUUUUUUUGUGUGUGUUAGAACUUGGGUGGCAUUUCUUGUAAUUAUAUUACGACCUUGUGUGUUAUUUCAAAUAAUUUGUCA